UUCCUGAUUACAAAAAUAAUAUAUAUCCACUGUAGAAAAUUUGAAAAAUAUUAAAAGGUACAAGAAAGGAAAGUCAUCUAUAUACUCUACUAUUACCCAAAGACAACUUCCAGGAGCUAGUUUUAUUCCUAUGCAGUUGAUUAAUAAUGCAGAUGUCAUUUUAUUUUGUAACAAAAUACAAAUAUUUUACAUAUUUGAGAUUCUACACAGUUUGGCUUCAACAGUCUUUAGACACACCUUUAAUGUGUUUAAUGUCUAUAUGGUAUCCAUGCUGUAAAGAUGCCAUAACUUAUUUAACCAUUCUCUAUUUUGGAAUGUUUAGAUUGUUCUGAGUCUUCAUUAUUUCAUCUAUACCAUGUGUGUGUGUGUGUGUGUGUGUCUCACAUGUGUACGCACUAUGUUAUACAACUACAUGUAUGUAUAUAUAGAUAUCGUCUAUGACCAGUCUUUGUAAGUAAGUGCCUCUCUGAUUGUUUUUUCUUAGGACAUAUCACUGAAUCAGAACAAAUAAACCCUUUCAAGGUUCUUGAGACAUAUCGCUAAAUUGCCUUUCCAGAAAGGGUGUACCAAUUUUUAUUUUCAUCCACAAUCAGGCAGCUCGCUGACCCUCGCCCACAUUUUUGUCGCUUUAAAAAGAAGUGACACUUGGGAAAGCUCAGUUUCUUCCGGCAGUUGACACAUUUGGGAUGUUUUUUCACCAUAAAACCUAAGGUCAUGUUUUAGAAAAUUCGAACUCAGAAAUAGGACUUCUCUGAGACUCUCCUUUUCCCUGAAGUCCUCUUUGUGAGGGGGAUGGGUGGGAGAGAGGAGACUGAUUCAAGGUGCCUUCCAACUCUGAUAUUCUGGUAUUUUCACCGUCAUUACUGGCACCAGAUUGCUCAGUCCUUCUGCCAAUAAGACAAAGAAGGAAAGUACUUCAGCCCUUGCUGUUUUGUAAUACUCGCUUUGAUUAGGAGAAAAUAAGUGGCAAACAGGAGUAGCUCGGACAGGGGGCUUGGACGGCCAGCGCAUUGCCCAGAAGCGGCCCACACUACACGCGCGCGAUCACACACACAUACACACACACACACACACACACACACACACACACACGCACACGCCGCGCGCGGUCAGCUAGAGUUUGGCUACUGGACCCAGGAAGGCAGGGAGCGGGAGGAGCUAGUGGAAGUCGGGUCGGGGUCUGAGCGCCACCGAGUGCCCGCCCCACCUCUGGAGUGCGCAGAAGGCGGUGCGUCCCGGGCCCCGGCAGCCCAGCCCAGGCGCUCUGGCCAAGUUUGCGCGCGGUCUCCGCUGACUCUCGGGUUACCUGAGCCGGCAACCACGUCAGCGCCACAUCAUCUGGGCUUUUUAUAUUGCAAGGAAACAGGAAAAGAAGGAAGAAAAACAUCGCCCGAGAGAGCCAAUCGCAGGGAGACGGCGCUGCCCGGAGGAGCUGAGCGGGCGGGCGCGCGGGGGAGAGGGCGGCGGGCGGGAGCCAGGCCCGGGCGGGGGCGGGGGCGGGGGCGGUGGGGCCGGAGGGGGCGGCGGGCCGCGCUCCGGCCGGUCUGCGGCGUUGGCCUUGGCUUUUUGGCUUUGGCUUUGGCGGCGGCGGUGGAGAAGAUGCUGCAGUCCCUGGCGGGCAGCUCGUGCGUGCGCCUGGUGGAGCGGCACCGCUCGGCCUGGUGCUUCGGCUUCCUGGUGCUGGGCUACCUGCUCUACCUGGUCUUCGGCGCAGUGGUCUUCUCCUCGGUGGAGCUGCCCUACGAGGACCUGCUGCGCCAGGAGCUGCGCAAGCUGAAGCGACGCUUCUUGGAGGAGCACGAGUGCCUGUCUGAGCAGCAGCUGGAGCAGUUCCUGGGCCGGGUGCUGGAGGCCAGCAACUACGGCGUGUCGGUGCUCAGCAACGCCUCGGGCAACUGGAACUGGGACUUCACCUCCGCGCUCUUCUUCGCCAGCACCGUGCUCUCCACCACAGGUUAUGGCCACACCGUGCCCUUGUCAGAUGGGGGUAAGGCCUUCUGCAUCAUCUACUCCGUCAUCGGCAUUCCCUUCACCCUCCUGUUCCUGACGGCUGUGGUCCAGCGCAUCACCGUGCACGUCACACGCAGGCCAGUCCUCUACUUCCACAUCCGCUGGGGCUUCUCCAAGCAAGUGGUGGCCAUCGUCCACGCCGUGCUCCUUGGGUUUGUCACCGUAUCCUGCUUCUUCUUCAUCCCAGCCGCUGUCUUCUCCGUCCUGGAGGAUGACUGGAACUUCCUGGAAUCCUUUUAUUUUUGUUUUAUUUCCCUGAGCACCAUUGGCCUGGGGGAUUAUGUGCCUGGGGAAGGCUACAAUCAAAAAUUCAGAGAGCUCUAUAAGAUUGGGAUCACGUGUUACCUGCUACUUGGCCUUAUUGCCAUGUUGGUAGUUCUGGAAACCUUCUGUGAACUCCAUGAGCUGAAAAAAUUCAGAAAAAUGUUCUAUGUGAAGAAGGACAAGGACGAGGAUCAAGUGCACAUCAUAGAGCAUGACCAGCUGUCCUUCUCCUCGAUCACAGACCAGGCAGCUGGCAUGAAAGAGGACCAGAAGCAAAAUGAGCCUUUUGUGGCCACCCAGUCAUCUGCCUGCGUGGAUGGCCCUGCAAACCACUGAGCGUAGGAUUUGUUGCAUUAUCCUAGAGCACCAGGGUCAGGGUGCAAGGAAGAGGCUUAAGUAUGUUCAUUUUUGUCAGAAUGCAAAAGCAAAAAUGAUGUCAAUUUAAGAAAUAGCUACUGUUUGCAAUGUCUUAUUAAAAAAAAAAAUGGAACAAAGAAGCUGUGACCCCAGCAGGAUGUCUGAUAUGUGAGGAAAUGGGAUGUGCACCUAAAAUUCAUAUGUGACAAACUUAUCUAGACCUUACAUAAGAGGAGAAUACUUGAAGCAGUAUGCUGCUGUGGUUAGAAGCAGAUUUUAUACUUUUAACUGGAAACUUUGGGGUUUGCAUUUAAAUCAUUUAGCUGAUGGCUAAAUAGCAAAAUUUAUAUUUAGAAGCAAAAAGAAAAAGCAUAGAGAUGUGUUUUAUAAAUAGGUUUAUGUGUACUGGUUUGCAUGUACCCAUCCAAAAUGAUUAUUUUUGUAGAAUUUAAGUUAAACUUACUAUUUAUAAUGCAUAGGUAACCAUUAACUAUGUACAUAUAAAGUAUAAAUAUGUUUAUAUUCUGUACAUAUGGUUUAGGUCACCAGAUCCCAGUGUACUUCUUAAAUCAAGACUAUAGAUAUUUUGUUUCUUUUGAUUUCUCUUUAUACUAAAGAAUCCAGAGUUGCUACAAUAAAAUAAGGGGAAUAAUAAACUUAAGAGUGAAUAACCAUAGUAUUCUGCUGCAAUAAAUGUUUCUACCCUCUUGCAAUAGAAUGGUGUCAGAUGUCUAACAUGUUUAAAAACAUUUUUUUGAAUUGAACAAGUUAUGAAUAAGAUUUAUUAAAAGGGUAAGAUACUUUGUUUUGAAAGUACAUUGUGAUUUGCAGCCACCUAGCACUAAAGCACAGAACUUAAACGCAAAUCCCUAAAUGAACAGAUUGUUACAUUAAUCUGAGAAUUUUAAAUUUAGAAGCUAAAAUAAAUAAAAAUCACA